UUGCUCAUAAGAUGUAAUUAAUUUAGGUUUUGCAGCUUCUCUUCUAUGGAAUCGCCUUGCUGACCAGUGCAUUCAUACUAAUGAAGAAACGAAGAAUUGCCACGACCAUGACAUCUAUUAAAGACUUGAUCUUUAGUAGCUUGGUUUUUCCAGUAGCCACAUUUGUGUUUGCUACAUUUUGGAGUAUAUACCUCUAUGAUCGGAACCUUGUUUACCCAAAAUAUCUGGAUUCAAUUGUUCCUGAAUGGAUUAAUCAUGGAAUGCACACUUUGGUAUUUCUUUUGGUCCUGGUAGAAAUGUUUGUUAUCCCUCAUAAGUAUCCAGCAGUGGGUAAAAGCCUCACUAUCUUAGGAAUGGCUGCACUGGCCUAUCUACUUUGGAUCUUCUACUUUUUUGCUAAAACAGGAAAAUGGCUAUAUCCUAUCUUCAAGUUUUUAAGUCCAGUUGGCAUGAUAGCGUUUGCAGGGAUUGCUGUUGUCACUCUUUUCUUCUACUACAUGUUAGGAAGAUUUCUCAACCGCAUGAUUUGGGGUGAGUCUGCUUUUACAAAGAAAUCCUUUGAACUUAUCAGAACACAUUUACGUAUCUCUUUGAAUAUGUUUUGAUCCAGUAUUCUGUCCGUUUGUCAUUGUUUUUCAGAUGCGGCUUGAUUUGUACAUUCAUUAGAAAAUGAGAGUUUAAAAAUUAGCAGGCUAUGAUAAGUAUAUUCUUCAAGAAUAGAAAAUAUUCCUGUGCUGUCUAUUACUUAGCGUAUGAAAAUAAGACUUGGCUGGGCUGAAUAAAUAAAUAGGCUAAUCAGCAUAAAAGUAGAAAGUUCUGAGAUCUAGAUUGGAGUCCCCUGGUGUAUCAAACCAGAGAUACUCUGGGAAAGUGGUUUAAUUCUCAGCCAAGAGUUGGCUAUUUGUGUGUAACAGAAGGUCCUUUUCCUAGUAAAUUAUUUCUUUUGCUGCAGGCUCAAUUCUCUUAUUUGCAUAUAAUACUAAGCCAGGAUUUGUUGAGCAAUCCAAUACUGGUAUUGUUUACAGAUAAUCCCUAGACAUAAUGGGUAGAUUCACACAUCAUGCUAAACCAAACAAAUGCUUAGCUCUCCAUUCACAGAUCAUGCUGAGAAGUGAGCAGAGGUAAGAAUAUUAUUCUCUAUUUACUGAGUCCCAUUUCCCAAUUUUUCAUUGAAAAAAAAUUCAUUUUCAUCACAUAUGAAAGUCAGCA